AUGGAGCGAAAUCCACGGAGAUCGAGCGUAGAAGGGUCACAUGGAAGUGAUUCAUCUUCGUCAAGUGGCGAAGCCUCACAUGGAAGUGAUUCAUCAGGGUCGUUCGAAAAAACAGAUUCGCAUAGAAAAAGGACCGAAGAUUCUUCUCCGGAUUCAGAUAGCGAGGCCGAGAUACCACCGAAACCGGAAUUUUAUUAUGAUUUCGAUGAUAUGAAUACAAUUUCGGUGAAAGUAUCUUCUAAAUGUUUUCACAUCGAAGCAGUGGAUUUUCUGGAAAAGUAUUUCACCGAAGAAGAGGAGAAGCAUUUCACAGAAAAAUCUCAAUUUAGGCAUCUGUUUCAUAUGAAAAAGAAGCAGACUUUGAAGAUGAGUCCAAUGGUUGCGCUCAUCAAUCGUGCGGUGAAGACAAAAAGGGAAAAUGAACUGUGGUUCGUCAUUAACGGAGUACCCAUUAGAUACUCUUUGUGGGAGCAUACAAUACUUUGUGGGCUGAAGGGUUCUAAACUGCCUGACAAUUGGGAAACACUUGGAGGGACCAAUUUAUAUAGAAAAUACUUUGGUCAAGAAAGCUUCGAAAAAGUUCCGAAGACGCGAGUUAUGGCAAUGUUUUCAGAAUUGCCUAAAGAUGAGACAGAUGAUAGAUUGAAGAUGGCAUAUUUGUUGUUGCUAAGUUAUGUGAUAGGACAUCAACAUUCGGAGUUUGUUAAUCCCUUUUUGCUGAAGAUAGUUGAUGAUGUGAAGUGCUGUGAAACAUUCCCAUGGGGAACAUUCACCUUCCAGAAUGUUCUUGGAUCUGUGCAUAAUUACUUGAACAAGCACAGAAAACCGGUAAAUCAGUGGAAUUUACCAGGUUUCAUAAUCCCUCUCACUAUGUUACCAUUCGAGUGCAUUCCUAAACUUCGCAGCGAUGGAUGGUACAGUGAGGUGAAAUUGGAAGGAAAUGUGACUGAGGCAUGUCCAAGGAUGUGUAGAAGAUGUUUCAUCCCGAACAAAAAGUAUGGAAUGAAACAAGGGUUGGCAAAGAUCGGCAAGACACAGGACAUUGAAAGCUAUCUCCAACCAUCCAAAGGUGAAGAACGUCUGCUUAGGGGUGUUGCAGUGAGGGAUAAAGAACCAGACGAUGUUAUUGAUUGUUGGAUGGCUUAUUUGACUGAGGAGCCAAGAUCUGUGAAGUGGCAUGAUAUUCUCGAGGAAGAUGUCAGAUCUCGCAUUGAAGUUCCAUUGAUGAAGCAACAGAACAAAAGGAAAGUGAUUGUUUCAACUAGAAAAACUGAGAAAAAGAGAGGAAAAAGUAAUAAAGGCAAAAGACUCAUCAACGAGUAUGAAGAAGAAGAAGAAGAAGUGGAAAAAGAACGAGACUAUAGUAAGGAAUUGACCAUGUUGAGAUCUGAAAUGAACAUGAUGAGAUCUGAGAUGAGGUUCACGAGUUCAAAGGUUGAAGUUGUGAGAAGGAAGUUGGUUGAGACAGAAGAUAAGUUGUUUACUGCUAUUGAAGAUCAAGGUGCACAGAUAAAGAAAUUUGAAGAAGAAGUUAUUGAAAACAUGAAGAAAGUGAUUGUGGCCGGUAUAAUCGCAUCAGGUAAUUAUGACAAUCUCUUUGAAGUCGAUGCUAAAAUUGAUGUUUUAAUGAAGAAGAUGACCGAGACUAUGGGUGGGAAUGAAAAGGGUGAGACUUCAGCCCAAUACACAACAACUCCUCCCGAGACAUGUCUGCAUAGAGAAGAUGUGGAUGGUGAACCGGACAUGGUGAUUUUUGAUGUUCUUAACGCAUUAGACCAGACAGAAGGAGUGGAAGAAGAAGAAAUCGUAGUAAGAGAGUGA